CUGAUCUGCAUAAAUGUUCACGUUCAACACUCGGUACGGGUAGGCGACAUUUGCCUGUGGAACUGAACAUGAUGUACGAUGUUUGUAUCGUCGGGGCCGGAUUAUGGGGUUCGUCAGCGGCCAGACACGCCUCGUUGCCUGGUCGCAAGGUGUGUCUUAUAGGACCCAGUGAACCACAGGAAAAGGACCGCCCUGGUCGGGAUAUUUUCGCCUCUCACUACGACGCCGGGCGAAAUGUGCGCAAAUACCACGGAUAUCAUCACACCAGAGGCUCGUUGACAACAAAAACGUUCCAAAGCCUUCUUCAAUUGGAAGCUACUACAGGUGUCAAACUCAACACAAAGGCGGGUUUCAUGGUGUUUGGCAAGGAUAUACGCAGCAUUAUGGUGCCAUCUGCUAAGACAGAAUGUCUUCUUUUGACGGCAGAGGGCGUCUGUGAAAGGUAUCCAUUCUUGGACACCAGCCGAUAUGGCGACACCGCCAUGUUGUUCCCAGUUGACGCCGGCCACGCCAACCCUCGAAUGAUCGUCCGUGCGCAGCAAAAGGCAGCCGCCCUCCAAGGCUGUGAUAUAAUCGAUGACGUGGUUGAGUCGGUGGGGGAGUCGGGGGACCACACUCACGGCGAACCAUUGAUGAGGGUUGUGAUGGAGAAAGGGCGCCCCCUACUGGCCAAGAAGGUGUUGCUAUGCACAGGUGCUUUCACACAGCUCAAGAAUCUUUUACCGUCCCCAACAAAGCUGGACUUGGAAAUCCAAGGGGCAUUCACAGUUAAACUGGAAGUUGGAGAAGGGGAUUUGGAAAAGUUUCGCACCAUGCCUACUAUGGCUUCCCACGGUGACCCGGAGUGGGAUUGUUAUAUACUUCCUCCAAUAAAGUACCCGGAUGGCAAACACUACAUGAAGAUAGGGCCUAUGAACGAUGACGAGCGAAGACUGAUUACACUUGAGGAUGUCAAAGGCUGGUUUCUGUCCCAGCCCGAUCCGAAGUUGGUGAAAAAUUACAAAGAUAUACUUUUGGCGGUCGUAAAAGGUUUCAAUCCAGUCUCUGUCAAAACCGAUAUGUGCGUAUGUUCAAGUACGCCGACUGGACUCCCCUACUGUGAUAUGGUAUCGCCCAGACUAGGCCUUGCGGUUGGUGGAAACGGCUGCGGGGCGAUGCUAUCUGAUGAGGUGGGGAGGAUGGCCGCUGAGAUGAUCGCUGGAGGGGAGAAUUGGAAUCGAGACAUACCGAGGGAGAUGCUGAAGGCUCAGUUCAUCACAUCGCCUUCAAACUUGUGAUUUAAAUAAUGCAAUAGCUCACCUAUAAUUCUCUUCUUUAAAGUUUAGUUAUUUCGAAGUGAACCAUAUCGUGCACGAUCGUGCACGAUCAUUUGCACUUUGGGCAUUUUUUUUUCGAAGCAACAAAUUUGCAAGAAAUCUUGCAUACUUCUUUGUUCGGUUGCUACCGGUACCAUACAUUUUCAGAAAACAGAAAAGCACAUUUUGGGGUCUCGUAUAGACCAAUGCCAACGCAUAUAUUGCCAACGCAUAAAGUGUGCCCGCUGACACACUGUUUUAAAGCUACUUUCAAUGAUUCUUUUCUGUGAACCUUUUGGUGCAAUGAUUUUAAAGGGUAUUUGGGAUUAGUUUAAUCUUCACUUUCAGUAUUUCACAUAUAAAUUGCUUGGUACUUGUCCGCGUGAUUACCAAUGUUCCUAACUGCCUUCGAUACGGCACUGUCAGGCAGAUAACAGUGUCAAAGUACUGUGCGUCGUCUCAAAACUUGACAUUAUUUUAAGUCUCUGUUUACACUGCUAGACUUUGUUGAGUUUGUUGACUCAAUCAUUGGGUAACUUUCAAUGAUUGUUAUCAUUUUAUUUUCGUGCAGUGUACAUGUAAAGAUAGAGGCUUACGGAUAAACAGGUUCAAAGUUUAAGAGCUGUUAUACAGUAUCAACAUUAUGUCUGCAUUUAAUAAUAAGUGACAUCGCAGCAUCCAUUGUCAAGUUAUGUACAUACAUGUUAAUAAAACAGCUAUUCCUUUGAAUUGUGCUGCUGGAGUACCGAUAUGCAUAUUCAUCAUGGGCGCCGCGGGGUGGG